GCAUCAGCGACCACAGGGGCAGAGGAGAGGGCAUCAGCGACAGAGGGUUUUAGAACAGACCACGGAGGGAGGAGCUGCAGUCAGGGUGACAGGUGGGACCCGGGGAAAGGGCGAUGCUCAGGGACCCCAACAUCACCCGCUGCAUCUGAGGCAGACGUGAUCCCCACCAUGUCCCUUACCCCCCCGAACAGCAGCGACGCCUGCCUCAGCAUCGUGCACAGUCUGAUGUGCCACCGCCAGGGAGGGGACAAUGAGGGCUUUGCCAAGCGUGCCAUCGAGAGCCUGGUCAAGAAGCUGAAGGAGAAGAAGGAUGAGUUGGACUCUCUUAUAACCGCCAUUACCACAAACGGGGUGCACCCCAGCAAGUGUGUUACCAUCCAGCGGACCCUUGAUGGGAGGCUGCAGGUGGCUGGCAGGAAGGGCUUCCCCCAUGUGAUUUAUGCCCGGCUGUGGCGCUGGCCGGACCUCCACAAGAACGAGCUGAAACACGUGAAGUUCUGCCAGUAUGCGUUUGACCUGAAGUAUGACAGCGUGUGUGUGAACCCCUACCACUACGAGCGGGUGGUGUCGCCAGGCAUCGGACUGAGUAUCCAGAGCUCGGGCACUCCAUGCCGGCCGGUGAAGGAGGAGUUUUCAAAUGACUGUGAGAUGGACAUCCCUCCAUGCCUCUCAGCGUCCCAGGAACUGCAGCAGUCCAUGAACCAUGCCUCUCUACCUCCGAUGCCUCCUUCAGACUCUUACCGACCUACUCUUCCUCCUCUUACUUUGCCUAAAAGUCCUCAAACAGCAGUUGGCAUGUACCCCAGUAUACCCAUGUCACCCUCAGUGGCCCCUGGUUGCCCCAUUUCUUCACUGACACAUAAUGAGGGCCUUUUACCAGUCUUACCGCCUCAACAGAUGGUCUCCCCAUCUCCCCCUUCUACUCCAAACCACAACUCGCAGAGUAAUGGGUACCCGUCACCCCCCAAGCAGCCUUUCCACACUGCUUGGACAGGAAACAGCACAGCAUCCUAUUCCCCCAGUCCUGCACCCCAGCCUAAUGGGAGGGGAAGCCAACAGCCACCGCUGCACCACCCAAACCAUUACUGGCCUCACCAUCAGAGCUCUCCCCAGUACUCUCACCCGGUCUCCAAUCACCCAGGCCCGGAGUUUUGGUGUUCAGUCGCAUACUUUGAAAUGGAUGUUCAGGUGGGAGAGAUCUUUAAAGUGCCCUCGAACUGCCCAGUGGUGACUGUGGACGGAUACGUAGACCCAUCAGGAGGAGACAGGUUCUGCCUCGGGCAGUUGUCUAACGUGCAUCGUACAGAUACCAGUGAACGAGCGAGGUUGCACAUCGGAAAAGGUGUCCAAUUAGAGUGUCGUGGAGAGGGAGAUGUCUGGAUGAGGUGCCUCAGUGACCACGCUGUCUUCGUGCAAAGCUACUACUUGGAUAGAGAGGCCGGCAGAGCGCCAGGGGACGCCGUGCACAAGAUUUACCCCGGAGCUUAUAUUAAGGUGUUUGACCUGCGGCAAUGUCAUCGACAAAUGCAGCAACAGGCUGCCACAGCGCAGGCGGCAGCAGCUGCCCAGGCAGCGGCAGUAGCUGGAACAAUCCCGGGCCCAGGAUCUGUGGGUGGCAUCGCCCCCGCUGUCAGUCUGUCCGCAGCUGCCGGUAUUGGCGUUGACGAUCUCCGUCGCCUCUGCAUCCUCCGUCUCAGUUUUGUUAAGGGAUGGGGCCCUGACUACCCUCGUCAGAGCAUCAAACAGACACCGUGCUGGAUAGAAGUUCACCUCCACCGAGCGCUGCAGCUUUUAGAUGAAGUUCUUCAUACACUGCCAAUGGCGGAUCCUAAUUCGGUCAAUUAGCAUGGAGGGGUGCCAGAGAAGAGACAUGGACGGUACAAGUGGCUCCUUAAUGCCAAAUUUAACCUGUGCAGUGUUAAACCCAAAUACCAAGGAGGAUCCAGACACCUUCUACGGUUUUCUUCCUCGUUGACUUUGCUGGCAGACUAUGGCUUCCCAAGGUGACAGUCUUGGGAUAAAUCUUGCCCUUGGUUAGUCUUGCUUGGCAAAGUCUAUAGAGAAUCCAUUGUUUGGGAUUAACCUCGGGGUGCGGACAGUAUAACACAUUGUGGGAUGGUUUAAUGUAACUCUGUAGUAGUUGCACAUGAAGAUGGAAUCCCCUACUGUUGUGGCACAAUUCGGAAGACUGGUGGCAAGCCAGAGAAGCUUUAGAUGGUCUCCUACUUGUGAGACUGUUCCAUGGCUACCUCACCUGCAGGAUCCGUGGAAAUGUGACAAUCAGGACCUUUUUUAUGUUGGAUUCAGAAGGACAGAGCAGGGACGACGUCUUAAUAAGAAAAAAUAAAAAUCUGUGCAAGGCCAAAAAUAACAAAAACAGUAAAAUGGGGGCACGACAAGAGGAGUAGACUGCUUUUUGAUAGGAUUUCCAUGUAAAAACCAAGUUAUAUUAAAUAAAAUAUUUAUGUAAAACAGGU